AUGAGUCCUAACACAUCCUACCACUUCAAACGUCAGGUGACAGCCUCAAAGCACGCCCACAUGAGUCUCAACACAUCCCACCACUUCAAACGUCAGGUGACAGCCUCAAUGCACACCCACAUGAGUCUCAACACAUUCUACCACUUCAAACGUCAGGUGACCGCCUCAAUGCACACCCACAUGAGUCUCAACACAUCCUACCACUUCAAACGUCAAGUGACCGCCUCAAUGCACACCCACAUGAGUCUCAACACAUCCCACCACUUCAAACGUCAGGUGACAGCCUCAAUUCACACCCACAUGAGUCUCAACACAUCCCGCCACUUCAAACGUCAGGUGACCGCCUCAAUGCACUCCCACAUGAUUCUCAACACAUCCUACCACUUCAAACGUCAGGUGACCGCCACAAUGCACACCCACAUGAGUCUCAACACAUCCCACUACUUCAAACAUCAGGUGACAGCCUCUGUGGUCUAG